AUGACCUCCGCGAAGGAAGGGAAGGUGGCGCCCCCGCUCCCACAGCCGGGCGCAGAAGAAAGGCGCCGCAGCCCGCUGGACCAGCUGCCGCCGCCCGCCAACUCCAACAAGCCGCUGACGCCGUUCAGCAUCGAGGACAUCCUGAGCAAGCCCUCCGGGCGCAAGCUCCCGGCCUCGGCCCGCCUGCUGGACAAGGUAGCCGGCGCGAGCGGCGUCCCCGCCCCGGCCUCGCCGCUCUGCGCCCUGGAGGAGCUGGCCACCAAGACCUUCAAAGGGCUGGAGGUGAACGUGCUCCAGGCGGCCGAAGGCCGGGACCCGCUGGGCGCCUUCGGGCCCCGCCAGCCCUCGAAGAAGCGUCGCAAGUCCCGCACGGCUUUCACCAACCACCAGAUCUACGAGCUGGAGAAGCGCUUCCUCUACCAGAAGUACCUGUCGCCCGCCGACCGAGACCACAUCGCGGCGCAGCUGGGCCUGAGCAACGCUCAGGUCAUCACCUGGUUCCAGAACCGCCGCGCCAAGCUGAAGCGCGACCUGGAGGAGAUGAAGGCCGACGUGGAGUCCCUCAAGAAGCUGCCCCCCGCGGCGCUGGAGAAGCUGGCCAGUAUGCCCGAGCUGGAGCCCGAGCCGCAGCCGCAGCCCGCCCGGGCGCGAGCGGGCAGCCUGCCCCGCGCCUCCCCGCCCUCCUCGCCGGGAGCCUCGCUCCGCGCCACGGACGCUUUCUCCGACGGCGAGGACGACGACGAGGAGAUAGACGUGGGGGACUGA